AUGUCCUCCCCACCACAAAUCCAUACAUAUGGCCCCAAAUGCCGCCUCGCCCCGAUUGCUCAGCCGGUCUCCGUUGGCGCUAACGACGGUAUUCCUCCCAUCGCCGCGCAGUUUUUCUACUCUUCAAUCAUACCCAUCGAUGAUCCCUUGUCGCCCGGCACCUUGGCGGCGGCUUCGGAUGCGCGAAAUACACGGGGUCAAAUCCGCGCCUUCUCGCUGGGCGACAACAACGCUCUCGAGAAAGCCUGGCUCAGUCUCUUUUCCGCCGACGAUACCAAGGCUCACGAGCAGUUGGUGCGCAAUCACAGCUUGAGUUCCGAUGUUGAGAAAGGAAAUGCGAAAAAGUUGACUCUUCUUGUGCGCCACCUAGCCGCAAAACAUGGUCAGAAGCAUGGUGGCAUCUUCCAGGCGUCUGCCGCCGUCGGUGAAGCAGCAGACUUGCUGCCUGACACCCCGAUUGCAGUUUGUUGUCCCGACUUAUUCAUAGAUGUAUCCACCGAACUCCAGAAUACCUUCUGUGCGCUGGCCAGAAAGCAUCAGCCCUCGCUAAACCAGGACAAUGUUGUGCAAGAGGUGAUGAUGGAAUUGAGACGUCAAAUCGCAACAGCCGUCCCAUCCGAGGACGCGCGAUCCCCAUCCAGCAGCAUCGUCACGUCCCGAACCAGGGCAGAUUCAGCGCGGUCACGACAGAUGGGCAUUGUGGGUUCUUUCAGUCCUCGCCGAGAGGCCGCCAGUGAGCUGAGUCGACUUCACAAUGAGGGAGGCCUUCCUGGAGUUGAUACCAAAACAAGACCGAGGGCCGAAUCUCGCACGAGCGACCAGACGUCUCGUCCCUCAACCCCUGGCACCGCUACCUCAUAUCGACCGCCCACUUUGGAUGACGGUAUCUCAGGGAAGCCUUUCCUCAGAGCAGGAAUUCGGCAGAGACCACAGGACCCUUUUGCCGCAUCCUAUACCCCCAAAGAGAUGACAAACUCAAGCAACACGGAUGAUCGUGGCGCGCGACCUUCAGCCAAGCCACAACAGCCUGCAAGAUCCAGAGUAGAUGCAGCUCAGACCGCAAUUUCGAGCGACGAAAGCUAUAGAAGGCAAGCUGUCGACGUCGUUGUCGGCGUAUCUAGGUUGCAUAUGGUGUCCGUUCCGGCGCUGCAGAUGAAACCCAUAUACUGGUCUCCCGUAAAUGACAUCGCCGUGGUGCUCCGCGCCACUUGGUUCUACAGGGACACGAUGCUUCCCAUUCCUCCAGCAGUGGCAAACCAACUGGAGUCCGGAUACCGCGAGCUGCAGCCACACACCGAAACCUGGAGCGACGAGCUUCGAUGUGCCAUCGAGGUCGGCCCUCCUGGUGAGGAGAAAGUGUCUCAUCGCCUGUGGCCUGAAGACGCAGACUACGCGAGUGAAGGCGAUAUGCAGACCAUCUCGGACCCUCGGAUAUCGACCGAUCCCUUUUGUGCUGCGAGUUGUUUCCACGGAGAGGCAGCCUCGGAAGGGUCCGUAGAACCAAAGCCCGCGACAGCAUCUCAACAUAAAAGUUACGCCAGCUACCAUGUCAUUUAUAAGAAUGCUUCGCAGGCCUUUCUUUUGAAACCCAGCCUGAAGCCAUCUGCCUACUACGGAAGAAGACCUGUCGCCAAAAUCAUGAAAGGUAUGACGAUUGGUAUCCCCGUCGUCCGUGGUUUCGAUCGAAAACUGUGGGAACGCCUGCACGAUAAGAGGACUGGCCGUGAAACGACUCAUCAAGCAGCUUCGUCCGCCGGUGAAGCUCUCGUGGCUGCCAGGCAGGAUGAGUGCGAAGCCUGCCAUUCAGAAAAGGAACGAGGCCAGGUCACUGACCUCGUCAUGGUCGUUCACGGCAUUGGGCAGAAGUUUGCAGAGAGGGUCGAAAGUUUCCAUUUCACUCACGCCAUCAACGCUUUCCGCCGAGAAGUGAACUUGGAGCUAGGCAACCCGGCAGUCAAAGGGGUUUUGAGAGAGGACCAGAACGGGAUCAUGGUACUUCCGAUCAACUGGCGCCACACGUUAUCAUUCGAGGACGGUGGUCCGAUGACAGAAGAAGACAAAGCUACCCAUGUCCCUGACGGAUUCAACCUCAAGGACAUCGAACCCAGUAGCAUUCCGGCCGUGAGAAGUAUGAUUUCGGAUGUCAUGUUUGACAUUCCAUUCUACAUGUCCCACCACAAGGGUAAGAUGAUCAAUGCCCUUGUCACAGAGGCCAACCGUGUCUACAGGCUUUGGUGUCGAAACAAUCCUGGCUUUGCUGAGAAGGGUCGCAUUCACCUAAUCGGACACUCCCUUGGCAGUGCUAUGGCCAUCGAGAUCCUGUCUCGGCAACCCACACGCGUCCCUCGACUGGACUUGACAACUAAUCUCCCGCAUGUCGACUUUUUCGAGUUUGACACAAACAACCUUUUCCUGGUCGGAAGCCCGGCAGGCUUUUUCAUGCUGCUCGAAAGAGGCAUGCUACAACCUCGUCGCGGCCGAGGCAAACCCGGUGCUGACCCCAGCGAUGUACAUGCACCGGACGUGACAGGGCAGGCUGGGCGUUUCGGCUGCAUUGCCGUGGACAACAUUUACAACGUGCUAGCCAAAGAGGAUCCCAUUGCGUACUUGCUGAACGGCACCAUCGAUCCGGUAUACGCGGCCAGCCUCAGGGUCGCUUACGUCCCGACGAGUGGCACUUCGAUCUUCAAAUCAAUGGGCAACGCUGUGCGAAGCCUCGUUCCGGGUACGGCGCCAACCCCAGCAAGUAUCGAUUCUGCUUCUGCACCAAAGCCAUCCGUCACUCGCCUGCCAUCGCAACUCGAGCUCGAAGUCCACGACUUUACGCGAGAAGAGAUCGCCGAAAGGAAGGCGUAUCUGCUCAACGACAACGGCCAAAUCGACUACUAUCUGAAAUACGGCGGAGGGCCCCUAGAAAUUCAGUAUCUUAACAUGCUGAGCGCACACACAUGCUACUGGACGAGCCAGGAUUUCAUUCGCAUGCUGUGUGUGGAGGUUGGCAGAAAACCGGGUAAACAAAACACGAUACCUGCGAUGAGGGCUCAGAAGGCAACCAAAAGAGUUAUCGGAUAG